GCGUGUCCUGCCUGAGGUGGAGCCGGGGUACCUGCGCCCUCUGCUUCCCUCGCGUGCCCCGGACAGCGGCGAGCCUUGGGCUGAUGUCAUGGCGGACAUCGAACGCGUGAUCAUGCCAGGGGUAACGCACUGGCAUUCUCCGCAGUUUCAUGCAUACUUCCCGACUGCCAACAGUUACCCUGCCUUGCUGGCGGACAUGCUUUGUGGUGCCAUUGGUUGCAUUGGUUUCACUUGGAUUUCCUCGCCCGCGUGCACAGAGCUCGAGGUUGUCAUGAUGGACUGGCUGGGCCAGCUUCUCGGCCUACCCAAGGAGUUCCUGGCGGCCUCUGGGGGCACGGGCGGGGGUGUUAUUCAGGGAACUGCCAGCGAAGCGACCUUAGUGGCCAUGCUGUCUGCUCGCUCCAGGAUCACCAAGACCCUUGAGGCGAGCCUCCCAGACUAUGACCCUGCCAUCGUUACCAAACUCGUCUGCUAUUCUUCUGACCAAGCACACUCGUCGGUGGAACGCGCCAGCCUGCUCGCCGGGGUCAAGAUGCGGAAAGUAAUCAGCGACGACAACUUCUCUCUCCGCGGUCCUGCCCUGCGCCGGGCCAUUCAGGAGGACAAGCAAAAGGGACUCAUUCCCUUCUUCGUGGUGGGUACCAUCGGGGCCACUCCGGCCUGUAGCUUCGACAACCUGCGGGAGAUCGGGGAAGUGGCACAGGAAUUCGGAAUGUGGCAUCACGUGGACGCCGCAUACGCAGGGUCAGCGCUGGUGUGUGAGGAAUACCGCUACCUGAUGGAUGGAGUUGAGUUGGCCGAGAGCUUCAACUUCAACCCUCACAAAUGGCUGCUUGUUAACUUCGACUGCUCUGCUAUGUGGAUAAAGAACGCCCAUGAUGUGGUCGAUGCCUUCAAUGUCGAUCCACUGUACCUUAGACAUGACCGUCAGGGCCAACAGCCUGAUUACCGGCACUGGCAGAUCCCAUUAGGCAGGCGCUUCCGGUCUCUGAAGCUGUGGUUCGUCAUGAGGCUGUAUGGGAGGCAUGGCUUGCAGGACCACAUCAGGAAGCAGAUUGCGUUGGCUCAUGAGUUCGAAUCCCUGGUACGCGAGGACUCCCGCUUCGAAAUCUUCUUUCCUGUUACCCUUGGACUGGUCUGCUUCCGCCUCAAAAACGAAAGUAAUGACGUGAAUGAUAGUCUGCUGAAGAGCAUCAACGCAGGUGGCGUCAUCCACAUGGUUCCCUCCAAGGCCAAGGACACGUUCUUCCUCAGGUUCGCAGUGUGUUCCAGAUUUACUGAACAAGCAGAUAUUGUAAAGGCCUGGCAGGAAGUGAAGAAAGCGACUGAAAAAAUACUGACCAAGAAUUAACAAAAAACUGCUGGAAAAAAAUGCCUAGGAAACACCACGAAAAUGGCCUUCGGCUCGGGGACACCAGUGAAAGCUAUUUUUUGUAACGAAGAGGCAUAGCAUAGAAAUUUUAAACACACACACACACACACACACACAGAUACCCACCUUAAAUACACAUUAACCUUGAAUAUUGACAUCAAUUGCCGACAUGUGUUAACAGUUCUAUUCCAACUAUUGGGCAAGAUGUCCUUGUCAAUAUUACAAAGUAAAACUGACUUCCUUAUGCGUUAUGUCGCCAUCUUUAUGGUACCAAAAGGAAGGAAACGAUUGUCUUUCACUAAUGUUACCUUGGAUUUUGAAUAUGAAACACAUCGAACCUCACUUUCAUUUUAGUUAUGAAAAUGAUGUACUGUUUUCUGACCAAAGGUCCAGUCCAAUGUGUCUCAUAUCAUGUCUUGAGAAUCAGUUAAAGCAACUCACAUUGAGGUGUUUCGAGGCAUACGACAGGGCAUUCGAUCAUAACAGUACAGCGUACCUCCGUUCAUCUCAUCUGGCGUUGGACAGCAAAGGGUAUUUUGAUG